GGGAGACAGAGCCUGCUGCUCUAGCCUUUCGCUCUCUGUGGUGAUGCUCCCCCAAUGUUUCCUUUCGUGUCCCAUUGGUCAAUUUUUGAUUUUUGCUUCCGGUCGGAAGCUCCCGCCCCAGCUUGACCAGCAAUGGCGGAUCAUCCGCCUCUGAGCCAGCCUGGGGAGAAGGUGCGCCUUUGGCAGCGGCUCCGCGCUGGCCGCCUAGCGUCGUGGUGGAAAAGCCUCCUGCGCGACUACGCCGAAGCCUGCAAAGAGGCGGCUCAGAGCGUCCGGCAGCGGCCGAGGAGGGCCGCCCUCUACGCCUCGCUGCUGGCGGGCGCCGUGGCCUGCAGCCUCCACAGCCCCUGCGAGGCCUCCUUCGAGGCCAGCCUCCUGGAAGCCUCGGGCGCCCUCCUCCUCCUCUCGCCCUGGACGCGCAGCGGCGCCGCCGAAGGGCACGUCCAGCGGCUGACGAGGCUGAGGAACCGGGGCCAGGUGCGCUUCCGGAACCUGCUCUUCUUCUCCCUCGUCUACGAGGCGCCUUUCGACGCGGGAGCGGAUCUCUACCAGGUGCACUGCCAGUACCUGCAGCCCCGCUGGACCGACUUUCCCGGCCGCGUCCUCGAUGUGGGCUUCUGGGGCCGCUGGUGGGUCUUGCGCUCCAAAAUGCAGGACGCCGAUAUUAAUGACGAGGAGUUCCAGCGGCUGCCCGAGCAUCUCAGGACGGUUUCUUUCCACCACUUGCACUCCGAAGCCAACGAGAAACUUUUUGAGGAGAAAUACAAGCCUGUGGUUCUGACCGAGGAACAAAUCGAGCAGGCAGAGCGGGAUAACCCGGAACCAUGAAUGUUGUGCCAUGAUCAUAGUCUCUCCAUCUUUCUGGAAGAAGGAGUCUUUCUGAAAGUGUGAAUUUAGAGUGCUCACUGUGCUCUUACAGGAAAGAAUGAGUAAAUAAAUGUUAUUUAAAACUG